AUAUUGGAAGCCAACCGCCGUUAAACCCCACCGAAGAAAAAUAAGAAACUGCUUAGCGAUUUCGAUGCAUGCCUCGGAGCUCGAUAUCAAACGCAACAUCACUAAUCAAAUGUAGCGAAAAGCUUAAAUUGCUAGCAGCAAAAUAAGACAAACCUGUUGUGUAUAGAAUAGCACAAAAUACUUCGUUGGUUUUACCCGCAACCCUUCUGGUGGGAUACAAAACACACAGAGAAAAUGGCGGAACUUCAGAAGGAGGCAGGACUGCCCGAAACCAGGGAGAACGGAGACGAAGAGGAGCCGGCUAAUUCAAAGGCAGAUGAGAUGGACACCUCAGAAGACCUGCAAGAUGACAACCUGAUCGAGCGGGAACACUUCCACAGUUCUAAUAAUGAACAGCAAGAUGGACAUUUGGAGUUAGAACGAACAAAAUUCAACCAAAGACAACAAGAAGCAGGAGAGACUGCUGAUGAUUUUAUCUCUGCACUUCAUUGUUUGUCAGAACAUUGUGGUUAUGGAGCUCUGCUCAGUGAGAAAAUAAGAAACAGACUAGUCAUGGGUUUACGUGACAAAAGACUGUCUGAGCAAUUACAAAUGGACCCAGAAAUAACACUGGAUGAAGCUGUCACAUCCAUUCAUCAAAAGCAACAGGACCUGCCAGAGAAUACCUUUAAAGCUACCAGCAAUGCUGCAAAUGUAGAGGAUGUGCUUUCACAUAGCAAACAGCAAUGCCCAGCCAAUUCCCAGUGCCAAUCAGAGAAGAAUCAAAACUCAGAAAGACCACAACAACCCCAAACAACGCAGGAGAAUGAAGAGGAGCCUCUAGAUACUGAUGACUUCAUUGAGGAUUUCAGACCUGGUGGAGAAAAGCCUCACUACUGCGCCUACUGCGGUCAGAACUUUCAAAAAGUAAGGGAUCUUAUAAGACACCAUCAAACACAUACAGGAGUGAAAGAAAUGUUCUGCCCUGAUUGUGGGAAAGGUUUUACCCGCUCUGAUAAUCUGAAAAGGCACCAGAGGACACAUAAGAAAGGGGGGGAUUGUCUUUACUGUGAUAAAAGCUUUUCUGAACCGGGAGAACUAAAAAUACACAUGGAAGUACAUAGUCAAGAAAGGCCAUACCUUUGCCCUGACUGUGGGAAGCAAUUCAAACAGUUAUGGGUGUUGAAAAAUCACCAGCUAAAACAUACAGAGAAGAUCUCACCACAGGAAAGGCAUCACUACUGCUCCGACUGUGGAAAGAGCUUUACACGAAGGCAUAGUCUUAGAAGACAUCAGCAAGAAACGCAUACAGAUGAAAAGCCGUACCACUGCUCUAAUUGCGACAAAAGUUUUGCGGGACGUGAGAGACUUAAAAAACAUCAACUAACACACAAGGAAAAGAAACAUAAACAUUACCGCUGUUCAAGGUGUGAUAAAAGAUUUCCUGACAUGGCAAAACUAAGAUCACACCUUCCAGUACAUUCUGUAGACCUGGCACUCCACUGCUCGGAAUGUGGAAAGUGUUUCUUAAACAAGACAAAGUUUGAAAGACACACACGAAUACACACUGCAAGUGGAAAAAAGCCAUUCCUCUGCACUGACUGCGGGGAUGGUUUUACAACUUUACGACGGUUGGAAGAGCACCAGCGAACACACACCGGAGAGAAACCGUACCACUGCACUGAAUGCGGGAAGCGUUUUGCACGUGAAUGGACAUUAAAGAGUCACAAGCAAGUGCACAAGUUAAAACACUCUGGAGAAAGAGCUGCCUAUCCUUGCUCUGAAUGUGGAAAGUCCUUCUCCCGUUCACGUGACGUGAUGACUCAUGUGAGAAGGGUGCAUAAUAAAGAGAGACCUUUCCAGUGCUUCUGCUGUGAAAAACGUUUCUUCCAAAAGAACUUCCUUACAGUACACAUGAGAAUUCACACUGGAGAGAAACCGUACCAGUGCUCAGACUGUGGACAAAGCUUCUCCCAAAUUGGCGACCGAAAACGGCACCAGAAGAGGCAACACUCUGGAGAGGAGACUUGACCUCUAUACAACAGUGUGGAUGGCCCCCUAAUUUGGGAAAAAGUCGAUGACUCCGCCCUCCUCGUGAACUGGAAACCGAUGAGUGGUCGCCAUAUGUAGGAGAUUGCCUCCUUUGUCAGAGGAACAUCAGGGGAGAAUCUCAAUUGCAUACUCGCAUUCCCUCUCCUCCUUCUCAAAACCCAUUGGAGAAGGUCAUAGGGGAGGGACCUCUGGCUUUCUCAUCCAAUGGGUUUGAGAAGAGAGGAGAGGGAACACGAGGACUACUCAAUUGACAUUCUCCCCCUGUGUAUCCUACAGGCUCCCGAUCACAAAACAAAUAUUUUAUCUAUAAAAUGUCUGGAACAACCAGCUAAACUUGUUUUUACCACUUUACACAUAUUUUGGGAUUCCUCCUCUGUAAGCAUAAUUUGCUUGAUGACGCGCAAGUGGAGUAGGAGAGUAAUUUCAUACAUGCUAGGGUUUGUUUUCACGUUUCCUUUCACUGAUUACUUUUGAUCUUUUUCAAAAGGAGGCGAGGAGAGUUUGCGAAACCAAUUGAGAAUCUCCCACAGAGACGCUCAAUAAGAAAGGACUACAACAGUAAAACAAACAUACGAUAUUGUCGUAGCAUCAGUCUUUAUUGUAGUUUUUUUUGUCAACUUUGUCAAACAAUUAUUUUAAUAUUUUGUAUCAAAAGUUAACUAUUUUUAUACGUUUUUAUUUUAUCACCCUCGUAGUUUCCACCCGGCAAAUAUGUAUUUGUUAAUCCUCCCCUGCACAAAGCAUCCCAUAAGGCCUGGCGGGUAGGGGCGUUGGGCCAGUAACCCGAAAGGUUGCUGGAUCGAAUCCCCGAGCUGACAAGGUAAAAAUCUGUCGUUCUGCCCCUGAGCAAAGCAGUUAACCCACUGUUCCCAGGGGCAACGAAGACAUGGAUGUCGAUACAAAGCAGCCCUCCUCACUGCUCUAAUUCAGAGGGGUUGGGUUAAAUGCGGAAGUCACAUUUCAGUUGAAUGCAUUCAGUUGUACAACUGACUAGGUAUUCCCCUUUCCCUAUGACCUGACUCCUGUGUGCACUUGCAUGUGGGUUUUGACAUGAUUGGCUUAUCUGAAUUGUGCCGCGCAGACAUCACACCAGAGAGAACAGUCUAUGACUACGGUGGCUGGAGUCUUGGGCAAUUUCUAGGGCUUUCUCUGACACCACCUGGUAUAGAGGUCCUGGAUGGCAGGAAGCUUGGCCCCAGAGAUUUACUGGGCUGUACGCACUACCCUCUAGAGCACCUUGCCGUCGGAGGCCGAGCAGUUGCCAUACCAGGUGGUGAUGCAACCAGUCAGGAUGCUCUCGUUGGUGCAUUCCCACCACCUACUGUGCUGGAGUGUGGGCCAGAGACACUGCUAGCAGUCACAAUGGCAAUGGGCGCGGUUUGUAGUAAAUGAUUUGUUGUGGGUGCGGCAUGUAAUAACCGUAGUCUGCAGAUAUACAUUAUUGAGGCGUUUGGGUAGCCAGGCAAUCCAUAUCAAAGAUGAUCUAUUAUAUUGACAAGAAAACUGAGUUGACUGUUGAUUCAAUGAUUGAGGCAGGUGAGAUCAGGUGGGACCAUUCCAAUGAGACGGGGGUC